AGCAAUGUGCUUGGGAGCUGGUUUCUGGAGCACAACCAUCCUUGGCUGUGCUCAAUAGAUUGCCAACCGCAAUGGACCUCCUGGAUGGUGGAACCGUGGUAGCUCUGAAACUCUAACCUCACUGACACCAGAUACUUCUGAUUGUUUCCAGUUGACAUAUCCUUUUAACAGCAUCCAAAGUAGUUUUGGUCUGACUAAUCCAAGAAUGCAUGAAUAUUUUACAAAUGAAAGCUUCAUCAUUAUUUUAAAAUACUUUCUCGAAAACAGUUCAACUGGAUUAAAAAUCCAUUUGCCUUAUCACACUCAAUUUCUCCAUUGCAUCUGUCAAUUAAAAAGAAAGAGAAUGAUCUGUUGGACUCUGAAUAUAAUUUCAACCAUCAUACAGUUUUGAAUGGUUGCAAAUUUUAUCACCUAUUUGUGCAAAGUUUCUCAUGAAUAGUAGCAAUAUUAGUUUUCUACAUAUAAAUAUGACCAUGCAUGGCUUAUAACAUAUACCCAUGCUCUUAUGAAUCCCAAAUAGGUUUUUCUUGAUGUAAACUAAUGUCUGCAAGGUUGUGCUACCUCUGGAGGUUCUCAAGGAGACUCCACUGUCUUCUCUGGUUUUGGGAGGACAUUGGCAUUCCUUGGCUCAUGGCCCUUCAUGACAUCGCCUUUUCUCCCCCUGCUUCCACCAUCCCACUGCCUUCUUCCUGUCUUCAAAUCUUCUCUGCCUAUAUUUUAUGAGUGACUUGUGGUUACAUUUAUGGUCCACCCAGACGGUCCAAGAUAAUUUCUCCAUCUGAAUAUCUCUAAUCACAUUUGCAAAAUUCCUGCUACCAUAAAGGAUGACAUUCACAAGUUCCAGUGGUUAGAAAAUAGAUGUCUUGCUUUUUUUCCUUGCCAAUAAUGCUCUCACAAACAUGAUGAAAGUUCCUAAGACCCGCCAGAUGUUCUGUAAGAAAUGUGGCAAACACCAACCCCAUAAAGUGACACAGUACAAGAAAGGCAAGGAUUCUCUGUAUGCACAGGGAAAGAGGCAGUAUGACAAGAAACAGAAUGGCUAUGGUGGGCAGACUAAGCCAAUUUUCAGGAAAAAGGCUAAAACUACAAAGAAGAUUGUGCUGAGGCUUGAGUAUGUUGAGCCUAACUGCAGAUCUAAGAGAAUGCUGGCUAUUAAGAGAUGCAAGCAUUUUGAACUAGGAGGAGAUAAGAAGAGAAAGGACCAAGUGAUGCAGUUCUAAGCUUCAUUGUUUGUUUUGUUAUGAAAAUAACAAAAUGUUGAGGUUAUCUUCACUUAAAAAAAAAGAAAAUAGAUAUCUUUGGAGAUUGUUAUUUAGCCUACCAUAGUGACAACCAAAAAUUUGAAAAGGUUAUUAUUGGAAAACUUGAUCAGAAACUAUGUGUAACUAACUAUUCAAGCAUAAAAUCAGAUUAAAAAGGGUUAUGUUCCUUCAGACAGGUUCAAAUUUCCCAUUUAUAUACUUGAAAAGAUUUUACCUUAGAGUUUUAUAUAAAUUUAAUAUUUUCUUUAUUACUUUGCAUUCAUUUUUAUUUUCAUAACAUUAUAUACAUUUACAAAGCAAAUAAUUCUUUAAAAAAAUUUUAGAUGUUGAUGGACCUUUAUUUUAUUCAUUUAUUUAUAUGCAGUGCUGAGAACUGAACCCAGUGCCUCACACAUGGUAGGCAAGUGCUCUACCACUGAGCCACAACCCCAGCCCCAUAAAGCAAAUAAUUCUUUAUGUGCCCAAUAUAAAUGUCCAAAAAUUCUCUCUAAGUUAUCCCAAUAUGCUAUAUAAAUUUUAUAAUUUAUUCUCUGAGUCAUAAUGAUGAAAAGGUUAGGAAACAUAGCUUUACAAGUUUAGAAAACUAGUAGAAAUGCAGAAAAGAAAAACUGGAGGUGUGAACUAAGUCCUUAUCUAUUAUGAUAGGAAGCCAAAAUAUAAUGCCUAAAAUCAAGAAACCAAAGAAAUGUAAUUUAAGAAGCAUAAUGCAAUAUAAACGUUUAGAAAUAUAGCAGUAACUAUCAGAUGAAAAAUGGUUGCCUCUAGGGUAUAGGUUUGAAAUAAAGACAAGCAGGGCAGGAGAAUACUGCUCUUCAUUAUGUGCAGUUUGGUAUUACUGUAUUUGGAUUUUUUUUAAAAAAAGAUAUGUACCUCUAGUGAAAUUAAAAAAUUAAAAUUUAAUAUAAAAUGACACCAGAACUUGAUGUUAAUAUAUCACAUUUUUUUCCUGUGGUCUUUUCUCUCUAUAUAACAUUCUUCUUCUUUUUCAUUCUAAAGAGGAAACACCAUUACUUUUUAUUUUCUAAUCAUAUUUCUCAUUUAAUGACAUAUAAUUACUUAAUUAUCUAAGCUUCAUCCAAAGAACAGUACUGAGAAUCUUCUCUGUAAUAUUUAGUUAUGGUGGUAGGUAUAAAAUGCUUAAAAUGAAUUCCCUAAGACUAAGUUAGGAAAUAGAAAUUCUUUAUCCUUUGCUUCCCAGUGGCAGGAAACUUAAUAAGCUAGACCAGCGGCAGAGAUAUUUGGAAAACUAUCAAAAGUCAUUUGAUGGAAAGCACAACAGGGAAUCUUGAAUAUAGUUGAAAGAAGAGGAAAAAAUAGGAUUAAACUGAAAUCUCGUCUAUUUCACAGCUCUUCUCUAUGAGGAUUUCAAAGUCAAUAAUAAGUAACCUCAUUAUCUGUACAUAUAUCACUACAGUAAAGUAGAAUAUUUGUUCUGUCUUAGGACUUUAGUAAGAUAUGUGUUAUUUCUUAUUGAGUUUUCUUUUUAUAUUUCUAAACUGUGUUCACAUAAUGAUCCAUGCUUAUUAAAAAGUAUAUAAUAUGUUUUUUAUGUUUAUUUCUGGCCUAGUCACUGAAGUAAAAUAAUUCUCUGCCUCUAUAAUCAGAAGGGGAUCUGAAGGUAUAGUGUGGCACAUGGCUGAAAUAAAACAAUGGCAUCACUACUUCUCACCAACACUGUCCCCUGGAGAACAUGCAGGACAGAACCACCAGAAGACAUAGCAAGGACCUGCCUUCUUCAAUUCUUUUUUUUUAAGAGAGUGUGAGAGACAGAGAGAGAAGGAGUGAGAGAAUUUUUUAAUAUCCAUUUUUUAGUUUUCGGCGGGCACAACAUCUCUGUUUGUAUGUGGUGCUGAGGAUCGAACCCGGGCAGCACGCAUGCCAGGCAAGCGCGCUACCGCUUGAGCCACAUCCCCAGCCCCCUUCUUCAACUCUUAAAGGAAAACCUAGAGGGAAAUUAUUGAUAAAUGUGAAUGAGAUAAUGUGUAUUGUGGUUAAACUGCAUUCUUUUGAGCCUAAUGACUUAAAACCACUGAGAAGAAAGGCUUAUCAACUCUUCAGAUAGCUAUCAGUAAUAUGAAAUAACUCCUUUUUUUUAAAGCAACUCAGUUUGAAAUAAUUGAUACUGUUUUGAUAUAAAAGUUAUAUAACUCUCAAAUAUAAUUUAAAAAUCACACUGUGAACAAAUGGAAGGACAUGUCACAAUUUAAAUUCAAAACUUGUUUCAGCAAACUUCCUGAUUCAUUACCAACAGGGUGUUGGCAACAGGAAAGAAUGUAGUCUUUCUCUUCCUCAAGUAUUUGGAAACCCCAUUCAUUUUUAGAUUACUUGUUCAUCAGCAGUCCAUCUCAUAGGUAUAAUUUGGUAUCUUUUACAGUAAGCCCUGUUUGGUUACCUUUUGAUUCAAGCAGAGUGCCCUAUUGUUAAAUCUAGUCAGUAACUGGCAUCUGCUGACAAAACAGUAGUCCCUUUUGCUUCUUUCAUGUGGGUGGCCUAGGAUUUUAGAUGGAGUCAAUAUUGAGUGUGGGCAGCAGUCCAGUAGAUAAUUGUUGCCUGGUCUCUUGGCGCAACACUUUGGGCAUGACAUAGAAAAUUUUAUGUCUAUGACAUGUUUCCUCAAAAAAAAUAAUGUACUAUUUUAUUUUCUUGAGAGGAUAGGGAAGGGUAGUUAAGAAAAAAAUAAAAGAUCACACACAUUGCUGACUUGUAUACUUAUUUCAUAUUUUAGCAAUUUCUAAACCACCUCUUACUAGAUAAUGCUAAAGGUGGAGAGUUAGCAAAACUUACUGUAAAGUCACCAAGGCAUUGUAUUUGCUGUUAUUAUUGUAUUCUUAUACUUUGGACUAGGUUUAAAUUCUGGGAGGAAAUAACUGAAACUUAAAAAUCUUUUCCUCCAAAAAUGUUUUAUUUAUGGUUCCCAGAGAGUAAAGAGCAGGAUACAAUACUGUGAGUUAAAAAGAUUUAGUGGCACUAAAAUGGUCAUUCAAUAUAUACUAAUGGAUUGCUUGCUGUGUGCCACUAUGUCUAGCACUAAAUCUAAACAGGCACAAAAAAAGAAUGCUCAGAAAUAUGGCAGCAGAUAUUGUUUUCUUGUUGUUGAUAGAAAGUUCUUAUCUAGAGAAAAGGAAAAAGAUAUGGUGAGGUUAUAUUACAUCCCAGGACACUAGACUGGUUAAACCAAUCUGAAUUUUCUCAUGUUUCUAUGGGGAAGUAGAAAGAGGAAUGAAGAAAAUUAGAGGCAGAAUUUAUAUCAUCCUUGGAUGGUAGCAUAUGGUCGAGAAAAAUUGGCUUGCAGGCUUCUUUUUAGUUUGCAAUCCAUCUCAUUCCAACUCCUUAUCCCUGCUCACAUACUUCUUCCUAGCCUUCCAUUUUCAUCCUUCUUGAGAUUGUCCCUCCCAAGGUUUCUGCAAAGGUUUGUACCCUGUAGGGAUAUUACAUAAUAGUAUAUAUGAAAAAAAAUUAAAAACACAUACAGAGAGACAUACCCAGAGUAGGUAAUUUUUCAGGGGCUGAAUUGUAUGAGGAGAAAUAGGCAAUUGCCUUUAAGCAUGCCAUGGCUCCAUGGUCUUGAAGAAUUAGUUCUCUGGGGGGGGUAGGAAGCUGUUUUACAAAGACUUCAAGGGUUCUAAAUUUAAGUCUCUGUAUAAAGAAAUUCCAUUAGCAGGACAUUAUUUGAAAGUAAUAUUUGGGAAUAUGGCUUCUAGAGAGCGACUUCUCUUAGUGUUUAUAAACACUAAAAAUGAAUAGCUCCUUUUUUGGGGAUUUCUUGAGGCAUUAAUAUACAACAUCCUUUGGUACUAUAUCUUGAUAUAUAAUCACUCAUAAAUCAAGAUGUCAUUCUUGGGAAUUACUAAGCACUUUUGCUGCCAUUAAAAACUAUUUCCUUUCCCGUAAUCAUCAGUGAAGGUAGAAAACAAUUGAUCAUUCGUAACCCUUGUAUAUUAAGAGACUCUUCAUUGUCCCUUAUGGGGACAAUAGGCUAAGUAACCCUUGGGGGGGAUCCUUAAUUUUUGGUAGUAUUUGAUUCUUAAUUGAUAAAUGCAGUUCAUUCAGGGCUGGAAUAAUUUCUGUACUAUUAACAAAAGACGUAGAAAUUCUAAGACGUCUCCAAUGCUGUUAGUAAGUUGUAGUUUAGAUACUUCUCUGGUCUCAUUUGGGGGUAAUUAGUUUUAUAACUGAGAGAUUCUGGAUGUACUCUCUUUGGAUUCCUCAUUA